GGGUGUCCUUUCCGCAUUCCGCUGUGAUUGUAAACCGAGUGCCAAUAAUUCUGCAGCGAAGUGCACAAGGGACAGAAAUCUUCUGGGAAACUCGUCCCAAACACGUCGAUAAACCGAAUAUGCCGUACAUUCUGGUCAGCACACAGAUCCGGAUGGAGUCCGGGCCCACCAGGGUUGGUGAUGAGUAUUCAGAUCCUGCCCUCAUGCUCUAUUUGGGAGCAAGGAGAACUACCAUGCUGGGCAACAACUUUUCGGAAUACUACGUGGAUGAACCACCGCGAUUAGUCCUGGAUAAGCUCGAGAAGCUCGCCUACAGAGUGGUGACCAUGACAGGAGUCGGACAGACUCUGGUGUGGUGUCUUCACAAAGAGUCUAACGAGCUUGCUCAACAACCUACAAUGUCAUGAUAUGAAGUAUGUUUAUAAAAAAAAAAAAAGAUUACACAUGAAACAAGGUUAUCUGACAUAAACUGAUUUGAGCAGUGUUGGCUUGAGUCUAGUCUUGAAAGUACAAUGGCUUUUUUUUCAUUGUGUAAAUGUUUUGAAGUUAAUACUGUAAAUGGAGAAUUUGUCUCUCUGUAACGCUAAGGCAAUCAAAUUGUUUUGCCCUGCCCUAAUUCCAGUGUCAUUUGGGGGACUUGUAAUUUUUUUAAUUAUCAAUGUAGUGUAUUAAUGUAUUAAAGUAGAAUUCUUGGUACACAAUUCUUUCUUGUCUAUCACAGAUUCAUUAUUUUUCAUUCUGAAAAUGUUUUCUAAUCAAAACUCCAAAUGGAGAAUUUCCUUUUCGUUUGAAAAUCCAAGCCAAUCUGACCUGACAUUAUAUAAUCUAAUCAGAAACAGUACAAGGCACGUCUGUUCAGUAGUGACUGCUGUUUAUUCCUGUUUAGACAUGUUUAAAUGUAUGUACUUCAAAUAAACCAUAUGAAAGGCCAGUAAUUACAAUACAUAUUUAUGUUUCUGUCGUUAAUUUUAGAUGCUUCAUUAAAUAUAAUUCUACACAUAGGUCAACCUAAUUUCUCAUCCAAACAUCAUGUCACUGAUGAGUUUAUUGCUUUAUUCAGCUUCGUGCUAUGCUGAGUUGUUUACAUAUUUUGCCUGACUGUGUAAAUCGCCACAUUCACUGCAGACUUCACUAUUCCACCUCAUUUAACACCUGAUUUAACUCAUCAGAAUAUGAUGAAGGCUUUCUGGGCUGAAUCUGGUUUGUUUGGAGCUAAGAAAUAAAUAAUAAAUUGAU